AUGGGGAUCUCAAAUGAGUUGAUUGUAGUGCGGUUAGGCAGUCCGGAUCUGAAGACUCUCUUAUCAGUGUGCAUUGUCUUCAUACUUGCCUACGCGAUUUCGAAGGUCCUCAAGGCACUAUGGUAUGGCCUGACAGGCCCCCUGGCCAAAAUACCCGGGCCGUGGCUCAAUAGGUUCACGGCUUUACCCUGGAUGGCGGCAGUCGUCAGAGGCAAGGCAUUUGAGCAGGGAAUCAACUACAACCGCAAAUACGGCGACAUUGUCCGAGUCGCCCCCGAUCUGGUUCUCGUCUCCGACGAAAAGUCCAUUCACCAGAUUCUGGUAGGAAUGGAUCUCCGAAAGAGUGUUUUGUAUGAAAAGUUCAGUCAAAACGAAGACGGCGUGACGCUCUUCACCAUGCGAGAUCGGGCGCAGUACCGCACCCGGCGAAGACUCUUCUCCCACGGAUUCUCCAUCAGUUACCUCAAGGGCCUCGAACCGCUGAAGCUGAGUUGUAUCGAGGCGCUCGAGGAGUUCAUAAACAACCAGUGCGCUCGAGAUGGAGGCGAGACCGUCAUUGAUGCUUGGAACCUGAUGGGUCGUCUGGCGUCCGACAUCAUGAGCGCGACUGCGUUCGGUGGUUCGUUUGAGUUGGUGAAGAAUGGGGAGCAUCCCAUUCGCAAGAAGUUUUCUGAGAGCUUCAAGAGGGGCACCAUCUAUAUCCCCUUCCUACCCAAAUUUCGGGAUCCCGAGCUCGCUCAACUCAUCAGUGAUAUCAUUGAAAAGAGGCAAGCGUCAACCGACAAGCUGGCUAAGCCUGACCUGCUACAGCUCCUCCUCGACACGCACGAAAAGAACCCAGAGACCCUCUCGCGCAUUGAGGUGUUUUCCGAGAUGCUAGUCUUCUGGCUGGCAGGCAGUGAGACAACAGCCAGCACGCUCACAUUUGCAAUGAUGUUCUUGCUCAAUGACCCGCCUUCAUACCAGAAACUUGUCGACGAGAUCCGCGGGAGGUUUCCUUUGUCAAAGUCGCCAGUUUCGGACGAACAGACGACAGACUUGCCGUUUUUGCACGCUGUUCUGAAAGAGACGAUGAGGCUUGCUCCUCCGGCAACCGGCGGCCUACAGAGGCAAACUGACGAAGAUGUGAUUCUGUCUGAUCAGUUGAUCCCGGCUGGGACUAGAGUGACUGCAAACACAACGGUACUGCACUGGGACGAGAAGCAGUGGCCUGAUGCAGAGAAAUUCGUCCCUGAGAGGUGGCUGUCUGGUUACAAGGGCAUGGCCGCCAGCGAGAAAACGGCGUACUACCCCUUUUCUGCGGGAUCGCGGAACUGUAUUGGAAAACAGUAA